GACACAGUAGUGUUUUAAAUACUAUUAACUAUAAAAAUGUUGGUAUGUAGUGAUCCUAUUUCCAAUCAAGCGAUAACAAUUUUUUGUGUGGAUAAAGUUUAAAUACUCUGCAAUUAUAACUAUUUAUGUGCUAUUUGAUCAUAUUUCUACAUUAGCACAUAAAUUAAUUCAUUAAGUAGCGAAUAGACGGAUAGUAAUGUAGUAGGGUUAUUAUUUUGAAUUUAAUUUGAAUUAUGACAAAUUGAAAUUGACAGUGCAUAUCAUCGUGUGUGUUGUUAACUCUUGUAGCAUGUCCUACAUCAAAGCAACAACAACUAUACUUUUAAAAUUAUUUACUUACAUUAUAAAAAAAUUAUAAAUAAGAUAUUAAUAAUUAAUAUCACUACUGAUUUUACUGACGUCAAUCUGUGACCUCGUUUGGAUCAAAAUAAAUAAGACUUACAAUGUUUCGGCAUUUUAAUUUACUUGGAAAACUAUUUGCAGAUAAGUUUAAGUCCGAUUAGAUUUUCUUAUAAGAAUAGUAUUUGUAAAUAAUUACAAUAUAAAAUCCUAUCAGACGGGUUUAUUGAAGAGUGAAUCACACAAGAAAUAAAAUGGGUGACAGUUCAAGUACCGGAAAAAAUAUUGGAAUAUGGAUAUCCGAUAAGAAAAGUCACAAACUUAAUUGGAAGGAGUUAAUAAAAACAUGUAAUGCACAUGGAUACAAUAUAGUUAAGUUAGAUUUGGAUAUUCCUUUCGAAGAUCAAGGUAGAAUGGAUAUAUUUCUUCAUAAAUUAACGGAUGUUAUUGCAGCCGCUGAUCAAGGUGAUGUUAAGGCAUCCAUUAUCAUAGGAAGGGUGGAGCAGUAUUUAUCCAAUCAUCCACACAUCACUGUUAUUGAUCCUCUAAAUAAUGUGCGCCUUCUCUUGAACAGAUACUGUUAUUAUACAAUUUUGCAAGAUGAGCUAUCAUUCCAAAACCAUGGCAUUUUUACCCCAGCUUUUGCUGAAUUUAAAACUAGUGAUAUAGAACAAAAUGUAGAAAUAAUGAGAAGUAGAGGUGUAAAGUUCCCAGUUAUUUGUAAGCCGACAGUAGCUCAUGGCUCUAAAUUGGCACAUGAAAUGGUGUUGAUAUUUAAUGAAAGAGGCCUCAAUGUAUGUAAAGCGCCCUGUGUAGUUCAAAAUUUUGUUAACCACAAUGCUGUCCUACAUAAAGUUUUUGUUAUAGGAAAUAAGUAUCACAUUUCUGAGAGACCAAGCCUUAAAAACUUUAAUGCUUCUGAAAACUUGGAUCCAAUAUAUUAUAGUACUGGUGAAGUUUGCAAAGCUGAUAGCAAUUCAACGCUUUCAAUAUUGGACCCACACGAUAAGUCUGAUAUUACAAUGACACUUGAUGAAGACAAAAUCAGGACAAUUAUAAGGAUUCUUAGAAGAAAGAUUGGUCUUGUAUUAGUUGGUUUUGAUGUAGUGAUAGAUAAUGUGUCGGGAAACCAUGCUGUUAUUGAUAUCAAUGUAUUUCCCAGUUAUGAUAGUUUUCCAAAUUUUUUUGAACUUUUAAUAGAAUCUAUUGAAGAUACAGUAAGUAGAAGUGGUAAUAUGGAUAUAUCUGACGACAUUGUCGAAGAUCACACGCUGAAUGGUCUUGUAAAUAUUGGUGAUAGCCAUGCUAGUUACAGUGUUAUAGGAAUGAAUAUUAAUUAAUUAUAAACUUUUUGAUUUUAUAUUUCGGAAGUUGAUAAUUUUUGUAAUAUCAAAAUUUAAGUAUUUAGAACAUAUUGUAAUGCAAAGCUUUAAAAAAAUGUAUCUUAUGGUUGCUUUUAAAACAAUUAUAUAGCAAGUAUUUUUUUUUUACUAAUUUACAUUCCUUUCAAAACUUUAAUUUGAAAAUGUAUUAUCAUUUAUAUUGUCAUGUAAUUAGUAUAUAUUUUUUUACCUUAUUUAUGUAAUUUUAAGGUCCAUUAUAAUUUAAUUUAUAUGAUAAAGUAACUAUUUGAGAUUACUUACAUAAACUACAUUAACAGUUACUGUUGUGUUUUUGUUACGUAACAUUUUUGAUGCGAUUUUGAACAUUUUUGUCUUAUUAGACACUGGAAUAAAUUUUUUAUAUUAAUUAAAUACUCUUGCUUGCUCUGUUUAGCAACUUAUUAAAAUCUUGUCCAAAGUUCUCUUAACGAGAUUCAUAGCUAGAAGAGAACGCCAAUAUUCUUUUGGGAGUUGUUUUUCCCAUUGUCAAGUGAUAGCAGUAUUUUUGGCUGUAUAUCAUUAUGGAUACUAAAAUUCGCCUAAGAAAAGUUUAUUUAUGGUGCUAGUUUUAACAGUAACUUAAUAGAUUCUACUUGAGAUCUUGUUUCGAGAAAUGAUUACAACCUUUUUGGUUUCGGCUUGUCUGUUGCUGUUAGCCCUAAUGGCUUUGUCCUGGACCUACCCGAUAAAUUCGGGCCUGAAGACCCUGGGGCGGUACUCCCGUCAAAAAUGUGUCCCUUUAAGAGUCUGGACUCUACUUGGGAUGUCGUUGAAGAGGGGGGAGGGUGGCAUCGGAUGAUUGGACUGCAUGACGCCCCCCGACACCAGAACGCCGGAGCGACGUGUAUGAACCGUGACCUCGUCUUCGCCGGCGAAGGCGGUGUGUGUUUGUGUUGUAAUUGAGUGUCAUGGGGGUAUUCAUGUCUGUGUUCUCGAUUGUUAUUUUGUCGUCAUGGUCUAAUAAGACGUCUUAAAGACGCCUCUUGCCUGGCCUUACCUCUUCGACCGUGAUAUAAGCAUAAUCAACACUUUUGACAUAAUCUUCAUUGCACUCCCGUUAAAAAUCUGGAUUUGCAUUAUCGUCAGCUUAGAUAAUCUUGGGGAUUGGUCGAAGGUAUUCGUCGAUGGAAACUAUGUGUGUCCGCUUUACUAACUGUUAAAGUUUAUAUUACAUUUCUAUUCAAUUUAGAAACUAUUAAUUUUACAAUACUGUAAUAUAAGACAGAAAGCUUGGGUCUAAAAUUAUUGAGGUAGUUUUGUUUUAGAUCGUUUUGAUAUUAUUCUAUUUCUUAUUUAAGUAGCUGUGCUCAUGACAGCUAGAAUAGCAUAGGUAGUUCUUUUUUAUACCUACAGUGCGACUGACAGUGGUUUUGCAACAGCAACAUCGAUUUGAUGUGCUAUAAGACGUGAUUUAGUUAUCUACCCCGAUACGGUGUAGUAAAAUAUUUCAGGACUGCUGUUUAUCUCAGCACCAUUACAAAGUUACUAGUUCUAGGUUAAGAUCGAUCUCAGUGCUUGCUAAGUUGCUAUUUAUGUAUCCUCGUGGCAGAUCUCUACAUGGAAAUGUAGAACUAAUUACAAGUAGAAAAUGUAAAAAACGUUUCUAGGAGCUCUCAAACAUUCAAGUUCUGCCUAUAACUUGUAUCCUUCAUCUAUGCCGACCUUCAUUCAUUUAUUCAACCAACAAGAUUACAUUUUGAAGAUGUAUUUUAUACAAUGUCUCUGUCCACUGAAUUUAAAACAAAAAUUUUAUUUUUUUAAUUUUUUUUUUAAAUUUCCGACUUUAUUGCCUAUGUUAUCAGUUUAUAUUUUAAAAUCUGUUGAUAUUUUUCACGAAAAUUACCAAAUGAUUAGAAUAUUUUACUCGAUGCUUUAUUAUAUUUUAUCUGUUUGGUACAUAUUAUUUGUUUGGUGUCCUUCCAUUUCAUAUGUCUAAUCGCAACAAGUUAGUCGUGGCAAAUCUUAUUUCAUUUUAGACAGCUUUAAACAAUAAUAUUAGUAUACUGAACAAUUAGAGACGUUAGUUACGAACUAUCUGAGUUACGCACGUCACUCUUAAUUUUUCUCAAAUCUUAUAAACUGCUUCGCCGUUGUUAAGAAUUUUUUUUUGUGGAUAGUGUGUUUAUCUUUAGAGCCGAAGAUAAUUCCCAUGUGCCUCGAUGAUUAAUAUGUUUAGUAAUGAGUUCUAUUGAAUGUUUUUUAAGUAUUUUAGUUUCAUAAUACUAAGGCGCCACAAAAAAACAUGCUGCAAAGUCCAGUAAUGCACAACGAUUUUUUUUAUAUAAAUUUUAAUUAAAUAUUUAUUUCAAUGUACAUAAUCACUUAUGACUUUUUAAUUCUUAAAACGUGUAAACGAUAAAAUUUAAACAAUCUAAUCUUGCAAUUUAAAUAUUUUUAGUUAGCAAAGUUUUUAUUAUAUAAUACAUACGAGUAGAUUAUGUAAUAAUAAUGUUUGAUGACGAUAACAAUUCAAUUAUUUAGAAAUAACUAGUCAUUAUCAAAUGUAUUUUAAAAUAAAAUAUGUACAUUGGAAGAUAAUCUUCUGAUAAAAUAUACGGUUUUGUUUGUUUCUUAGGAUUUUCGGAUAAUAUUUAUUAUUUAGUUAGUUUUCCAUAGCAGAUUGUAGAAGAGGGGUGUGUAAAUUUCUCAACUAAAAAUGGAUCAAAGCAUUUCGUUACAUCAAUAGAUAGCUUUAUGUGAAAAUAUAUCUGUUCCUAUUAGGAGAAAUGUAUUGUGCUAUUUAUUUUAUUCCUUCGUGUAAUGUAACGAUACUUAUCGUAUUUUUUUGUUUCCACGAAAUACUAUGUCAACUAUGUUUACCUCACAAUUACAAGUACAUUUUUAUAAAAUACACUUAAAACCGAAAACCAAGGUCAUGAGAAACAAAUAUAAGUUUUUAUAGACCCUUAUAUUAGUGUUUAGGGCAGGACGAAAUGUUAUUGUCUCAAGGAGAGUCAGUAAGUAGGUGGGUGUUUUGACUUUUCACAAUGUUAUGUCUACACUCGGUUACCUUAUACCUACGUACUCAAUUGUCGGUAACUUGAAAUGUUAUAUUCGAAAUAAAGGCAUUUCAUAAAGCAAUUGUAUUGUCUAUCAAGUUGUGACCAUUUGUUAUUUAACGUAAAUAAUUUUCACUCAAUAAGUAAUAAACUUUGAUUAAUUUCUUAAACCAAGUCGACAGUGUUCUAUUGUUUGCUAAAUGUCAUUGAAAUUUCAAUUAAUAUGGGUUUAAUUGUUAAUUGUAUCGAUUAUUGUGUUUGUAAACUGUACCUAUACAGUAUUGAUAUAAUGAUAUUGUGUAUAUUUAAGGUUACCUAAUUUGUGAGUAUUACAUAAAAUAAUUUAUUUUGGUGAUGUUAUGAGUAAUGAAUAUUAAAUUAAACGACAAUCAUUGAAUCAAA